CCUUUACUUUUUGUUCUUCCAAGAUAGGAGAAAAACUGAAAGCUUAUACUCUACAGUAGAGCAUGCAUUUUGUGGAACCUGUUUUACCAGUGUGGUGGGCGUGCUUCUUCUUUUUUACUAAUGGAAAAGGAGAAGUAAUGACUGUAACAAGUUUUAUAAAAUGUAAACAGUUUUUCUUUAAAGAAAUGGAGCCUUCAGGCAUUGUGCCUCCAAAAGCAGCAAGAAUUUGCCAGCACUACAACAACAAGUAUCAUUUUGCUACAAUGUAUGACCGAGAUCUGCGCAUUCCUCUGUAUUCUGCUUAUAUGUUUGAGAAAAAUGAUGGUGGCUGCAGAAGUGACGAAUGGCUUAUAGAGCCCCAGCUUGUAGAUCCAAAGAUUUCCAAAAGCAUGGAAGAAGAGAGGUCAUCAACUAUUGACAAAAUAAAGCUUCAGGAAAGUCAAGCUGUUAAUGGGGAUUAUGUUCCCACUUCUGCAAUGUAUGACAGAGGGCAUCUUAACCCAUGCAGUCAUCAUUCCAAUCAGGACAGCAAGACUGCGACAUUCACCCUGACCAACAUUGUGCCACAAUUAAACACUCUGAACCAGGGUAAAUGGAGAGAGUAUGAAGAAGGACUGACAGGAAAAACGACUUCCUGCACAAAAGUAUAUGUCGUUGUAGGAGUAAUCCCAGGAAAUUCAAACAUUAACAACAGAGUGAAUGUGCCAUCUGACAUCUGGAGUGCAAUCUGCUGUGUAGAAAAGACACGCACAAGAAGUUGGGCAGUGAUCGCUGCAAAUAAUGCAAAUCAAGUUAAUGACAUUUCUGUUUCUGACCUUGAAAAUAGAAUAAAAUCUUACACUGGAAGAGGUGUAAAACUUUUCCCAGCUAAGUGUUGAACAUAGGAAGAAAAUAAAUUACCAUUGCUAAUUAUGAAAUGCUUUGAGGUGUAUUCUUAGAUAUUUACAUAAUUUUCAAAUGUAUUCUGAAUUGCUUGAAAUGUGUAAGGAGAAAUGAAAUGGCAAUGGAAUAAGUGCAAUGCUUUUAAAGCAAGAAUAGUGUACUUUUUGUUUCUUAUUCUGACAAUUAUGCAAAACAUCACUGAAGCUAAGUGGACAUUAUAUAACAGGCAAAUGAUGAAGAAAUACCUAAAUAAAAACAGCAUGAUUUAUUC